AUGGAUUUGUGGACAGUGGUGGAGAUGAAGAAGCCAUUUGUUCAAAGAAAAUAUUCGUGGAUUACUUUGAGUUUGGCUGGUCUACUGUUUUUUGGGCAGUGCGCUUUGGCUCAGAUCAGAUAUUCUGUUCCGGAGGAGGUGAAGGACGGGACUGUUGUUGGAAAUGUUGCAAAGGAUCUUGGUCUUGAUGUUGCAUCGUUGGGUGAGAGACGGUUCCGUGUUGUUUCUGAAACGACUGAGGCUAUAUUUGCUGUAAACGCUGAUAAUGGCGCUUUGUACGUCCACGGGCGCAUUGACAGAGAGCAGCUGUGUCAGGGCAGCGGUACGUGUCUGAUGGAGCUGAAGGUUCUGGUGGAAAACCCUUUGGAAGUUCACUAUGUGGUUGUAGAAAUUACUGAUGUAAAUGACCACUCGCCAAGAUUUCCUAAAACAAAUCAAACGUUUGAAAUUGGAGAGCACACUUUGCCAGGGAAAAGACUUCAGCUACACCCUGCCCACGAUCCCGACGCAGGAACAAAUUCGAUCCGCACGUACACGUUGUCUGCAAAUGAGUAUUUUGAGAUUAAUAUUCGACAAAGUGACUUGGGUAAAAUACCGUUUCUGGUGUUAAAGAAACCUUUAGACCGGGAACAGAGCAGCACACACUCUCUGCUCCUUACAGCGGUUGAUGGGGGCAAACCACAGAAAUCCGGGACACUGAAUAUUACCAUAAUUGUUCUGGACAGUAAUGACAAUAGACCCGUUUUUACUCAAGAGGUUUUUCACAUCACAGUGAAAGAAAAUUUGGAGAAAGGAAAUGUAAUAUUUAAGUUAAACGCAACAGAUGCGGAUGAGGGAAUAAAUGGAGAAAUUGAAUACAGCCUCGGGGAAACAUUGAGCCAAUAUGUUUAUAAAACAUUUGAAUUAAACAGAUUAACAGGAGAAAUUGUCACUAGAGGCCCAAUAGACUUUGAAGAAACGGAUCAUUAUGAAUUAGACGUGGAGAUUUCUGACAAAGGUACCCCAAAGUUAACAGGUGAAUGUAGAGUAAUUAUAAAAAUCAUAGAUGUAAAUGAUAAUUCUCCAGAAAUAGACGUGACUUCUCUGUCAAACACAGUGUCUGAAGACUCCAAACCAGGGACAGUUGUUUCUCUCAUUCGCGUCAAAGACAAAGACUCUGGUGUCAAUGGUAAAAUCAUCGCUCACAUAACAAACAACGUGCCUUUUGAACUCAAACCCUCGUAUAAAGAAAACACAUAUUCAGUUGUCACUAAGGAUUUCCUGGACAGGGAGGAGGUGUCACAUUAUGACAUAACUAUAAAAGCCACUGACUGUGGGGAGCCUCCUUUAUCCACCACUAAAACUCUGAGUAUUCAGAUAUUAGAUGUAAACGACAACAGUCCACAGUUUGAACAAAAUCCUUUUGUACUUUAUAUUGUAGAAAAUAACGUGGCAGGGACGUCACUGUUCUCUGUAACUGCAUCAGACAAAGACAAGAAUGAAAACGCAGAUAUUUCCUACAGCAUUGCGCGUGCAGGACAGGAGAAGGACGUGACGUCUUUUUUAAACGUGAACGCGGAAAAUGGUCAAAUCACUGCUCUGAAAAGCUUUGACUUUGAGACAUUAAAGUCUUUCCAGUUUCAAGUCGUGGCCUCAGACUCUGGGACUCCGUCACUGAGCAGCAACGCGACAGUGCACGUGUUCAUCCUGGAUCAGAACGACAACGCUCCAGUCAUUCUGUAUCCAGUCAGGUCUAAUGGUUCUGCUGAAGGAGUGGAGGAGAUCCCCCGCAAUGUGAACGCGGGACACUUGGUGACUAAAGUCAGGGCCUAUGACUCUGAUAUCGGAUAUAACGGCUGGCUGCUGUUUUCACUGCAGGAAGUGACUGACCACAGUCUGUUUGGGUUGGACCGCUACACAGGACAGAUCAGGACACUUCGCUCGUUCACAGAGACAGACGAGGCCGAGCACAAACUCGUCAUACUGGUCAAAGACAAUGGCAACGUGUCCCUGUCAGCUACAGCUACUGUGCUCGUGAAAGUGGUGGAGCCCAGAGAGGCUUUUGCAGCUUCUGACGUUAAGAGCUCCUCUAAAGACUCUGAGGACACUAACGUGACUUUUUACCUGAUGAUAACUCUGGCCUCGGUCUCAGCUCUGUUCAUUCUCAGUAUCAUUGUGCUGAUUGCAAUGCAGUGCUCCAAGUCCAGCACUGACUACACCUCCAAGUACUUACAGGACACAAACUAUGACGGGACUCUGUGCCACAGCAUCCAGUACAGAUCUGGAGACAAGCGCUACAUGUUAGUUGGACCCAGAAUGAGCGUAGGAUCCACUAUAGUCCCAGGGAGCCAAGCCAACACACUGGUGCUGCCUGACAGGAGGAGGCCCUCUGAAGAGUGCGCUUUGGCUCAGAUCAGAUAUUCUGUUCCGGAGGAGGUCAAAGACGGGACUGUGGUUGGAAAUGUCGCAAAAGAUCUUGGUCUUGAUGUUGCCACUUUGGGUGAGAGACGGUUCCGUAUUUCUGAAACAAAGGACACUAUAUUUGCUGUAAACGCUGAUAAUGGCGCUUUGUACGUCCACGGGCGCAUUGACAGAGAGCAGCUGUGUCAGGGCAGCGGUACGUGUCUGAUGGAGCUGAAGGUUCUGGUGGAAAACCCUUUGGAAGUUCACUAUGUGGUUGUAGAAAUCACCGAUGUAAACGAUCAUGCUCCGAGAUUUCCCAAAAUUAACCAGACGUUUGAAAUUGGAGAGCACACUUUGCCAGGGAAAAGAUUUCAGCUACACUCCGCUUAUGAUCCGGACGCAGGAACAAAUUCUAUCCGCACGUACACUUUGUCUGCAAAUGAACAUUUUGACAUUAAUAUUCGUGAAAUUGAUGGUGAGAAAACUCCAUUCUUGGUUUUAAAAAAAGCACUAGACAGGGAAGCAGAUAGCCACCACUCUCUUGUAGUGACAGCAUCUGAUGGAGGUAAACCUAAAAAAUCAGGGACACUGAACGUUUCUGUAAUUGUUCUGGACAGUAACGACAACAGGCCAGUUUUCAGCCAAGAUGUAUUUGAAAUUACAGUCAAAGAAAAUGUUCCUGUUGGAACUUUAAUAUUUCGACUUAAUGCUUCCGACAUCGAUGAAGAAAUAGACGUGACUUCUCUGUCAAACACAGUGUCUGAAGACUCCAAACCAGGGACAGUUGUAUCACUAAUAAGUGUAACAGACAAAGACUCUGGUGUCAAUGGUAAAAUCAUCGCUCACAUAACAAACAACGUGCCUUUUGAACUCAAACCCUCUUAUAAAGAAAACACAUAUUCAGUUGUCACUAAGGAUUUCCUAGACAGGGAGGAGGUGUCACAUUAUGACAUAACUAUAAAAGCCACUGACUGUGGGGAGCCUCCUUUAUCCACCACUAAAACUCUGAGUAUUCAGAUAUUAGAUGUAAACGACAACAGUCCACAGUUUGAACAAAAUCCUCUGUACUUUUAUAUUGUAGAAAAUAACGUGGCAGGGACGUCACUGUUCUCUGUAACUGCAUCAGACAAAGACAAGAAUGAAAACGCAGAUAUUUCCUACAGCAUUGCGCGUGCAGGACAGGAGAAGGACGUGACGCUCUUUUUAAACGUGAACGCGGAAAAUGGUCAAAUCACUGCUCUGAAAAGCUUUGAUUUUGAGACAUUAAAGUCUUUCCAGUUUCAAGUCGUGGCCUCAGACUCUGGGACUCCGUCACUGAGCAGCAACGCGACAGUGCACGUGUUCAUCCUGGAUCAGAACGACAACGCUCCAGUCAUUCUGUAUCCAGUCAGGUCUAAUGGUUCUGCUGAAGGAGUGGAGGAGAUCCCCCGCAAUGUGAACGCGGGACACUUGGUGACUAAAGUCAGAGCCUAUGACUCUGAUAUCGGAUAUAACGGCUGGCUGCUGUUUUCACUGCAGGAAGUGACUGACCACAGUCUGUUUGGGUUGGACCGCUACACAGGACAGAUCAGGACACUUCGCUCGUUCACAGAGACAGACGAGGCCGAGCACAAACUCGUCAUACUGGUCAAAGACAAUGGCAACGUGUCCCUGUCAGCUACAGCUACUGUGCUCGUGAAAGUGGUGGAGCCCAGAGAGGCUUUUGCAGCUUCUGACGUUAAGAGCUCCUCUAAAGACUCUGAGGACACUAACGUGACUUUUUACCUGAUGAUAACUCUGGCCUCGGUCUCAGCUCUGUUCAUUCUCAGUAUCAUUGUGCUGAUUGCAAUGCAGUGCUCCAAGUCCAGCACUGACUACACCUCCAAGUACUUACAGGACACAAACUAUGACGGGACUCUGUGCCACAGCAUCCAGUACAGAUCUGGAGACAAGCGCUACAUGUUAGUUGGACCCAGAAUGAGCGUAGGAUCCACUAUAGUCCCAGGGAGCCAAGCCAACACACUGGUGCUGCCUGACAGGAGGAGGCCCUCUGAAGAGAGAAAAUAUUCGUGGAUCACUUUGUGCUCUUUUUUAUUGCUGUUGUUUGGGCAGUGCGCUUUGGCUCAGAUCAGAUAUUCUGUUCCGGAGGAGGUGAAGGACGGGACUGUUGUUGGGAAUGUCGCAAAGGAUCUUGGUCUUGAUGUUUCCUCUUUGGGUGAGAGACGGUUCCGUGUGGUUUCUGAAACGAAUGAGGCUAUUUUUGCUGUAAACGCUGAUAAUGGCGCUUUGUACGUCCACGGGCGCAUUGACAGAGAGCAGCUGUGUCAGGGCAGCGGUACGUGUCUGAUGGAGCUGAAGGUUCUGGUGGAAAACCCUUUGGAAGUUCACUAUGUGGUUGUAGAAAUUACUGAUGUGAAUGAUCAUGCACCAAGAUUUCCCCAAACAAAUCAAACGUUUGGAAUUGGAGAACAAUCUUUACCAGGAAAACGAUUUCAGUUGCACUCUGCUUAUGAUCCCGACGCAGGAGCUAAUUCUAUCCGCGCCUACACUUUAUCUUCCAAUGAACAUUUUGACAUUAGCACUCGUGAAGCUGACGGUGAAAAGACACCUUAUUUAAUUCUAAAAAAAUCUCUAGACAGAGAAAUAAACAAAGAUCACUUUCUCGUAGUGACUGCGGUGGAUGGAGGUAAACCUCAAAAAUCAGGUAGACUAAAUAUUACCAUUAUUGUUCUUGACAUUAAUGAUAAUAGACCAGUGUUUGGUCAAGAGGUGUAUCAAAUAUCCCUCAAUGAAAAUGUACCAGUGGGAACAGUUUUCUUCAGACUUAAUGCGACAGACCCAGAUGAAAAUAAAAAUGGAGAAGUUGAAUAUAGUCUCGGAACAACACUGCUCCGAAAUAUUUAUAAUGUUUUUGAACUAGACAAAGUAACUGGGGAAAUUCGUGUAAAGGAAAAACUUGAUUAUGAGGAUGGGGAUAUGUUUAGAUUAGACGUAGAGGCUUCAGAUAAAGGCACUCCCCCACUCACAGGUGAAUGUAGAGUAAUUAUAAAAAUCAUAGAUGUAAAUGAUAAUUCACCUGAAAUAGACGUGACUUCUCUGUCAAACACAGUGGCUGAAGACUCCAAACCAGGGACAGUAGUUUCUCUCAUUCGCGUCAAAGACAAAGACUCUGGUGUCAACGGUAAAAUCAUCGCUCACAUAACAAACAACGUGCCUUUUGAACUCAAACCCUCUUAUAAAGAAAACACAUAUUCAGUUGUCACUAAGGAUUUCCUGGACAGGGAGGAGGUGUCACAUUAUGACAUAACUAUAAAAGCCACUGACUGUGGGGAGCCUCCUUUAUCCACCACUAAAACUCUGAGUAUUCAGAUAUUAGAUGUAAACGACAACAGUCCACAGUUUGAACAAAAUCCUCUGUACUUUUAUAUUGUAGAAAAUAACGUGGCAGGGACGUCACUGUUCUCUGUAACUGCAUCAGACAAAGACAAGAAUGAAAACGCAGAUAUUUCCUACAGCAUUGCGCGUGCAGGACAGGAGAAGGACGUGACGCUCUUUUUAAACGUGAACGCGGAAAAUGGUCAAAUCACUGCUCUGAAAAGCUUUGACUUUGAGACAUUAAAGUCUUUCCAGUUUCAAGUCGUGGCCUCAGACUCUGGGACUCCGUCACUGAGCAGCAACGCGACAGUGCACGUGUUCAUCCUGGAUCAGAACGACAACGCUCCAGUCAUUCUGUAUCCAGUCAGGUCUAAUGGUUCUGCUGAAGGAGUGGAGGAGAUCCCCCGCAAUGUGAACGCGGGACACUUGGUGACUAAAGUCAGGGCCUAUGACUCUGAUAUCGGAUAUAACGGCUGGCUGCUGUUUUCACUGCAGGAAGUGACUGACCACAGUCUGUUUGGGUUGGACCGCUACACAGGACAGAUCAGGACACUUCGCUCGUUCACAGAGACAGACGAGGCCGAGCACAAACUCGUCAUACUGGUCAAAGACAAUGGCAACGUGUCCCUGUCAGCUACAGCUACUGUGCUCGUGAAAGUGGUGGAGCCCAGAGAGGCUUUUGCAGCUUCUGACGUUAAGAGCUCCUCUAAAGACUCUGAGGACACUAACGUGACUUUUUACCUGAUGAUAACUCUGGCCUCGGUCUCAGCUCUGUUCAUUCUCAGUAUCAUUGUGCUGAUUGCAAUGCAGUGCUCCAAGUCCAGCACUGACUACACCUCCAAGUACUUACAGGACACAAACUAUGACGGGACUCUGUGCCACAGCAUCCAGUACAGAUCUGGAGACAAGCGCUACAUGUUAGUUGGACCCAGAAUGAGCGUAGGAUCCACUAUAGUCCCAGGGAGCCAAGCCAACACACUGGUGCUGCCUGACAGGAGGAGGCCCUCUGAGGAGGUAAGAGAUAAACUUUAA